UGCACCCUAUAGUCCUUUUGAAUAUCCUCUCCUCUUGAGUUCAACCCCAUCAUGCACUUUUUCAAAUCAAGCGUUGUUAUAUUGGCUGUCACUUGUAAGCUUGCACUUGCAUUUAACUGUCAUUCACCAUAUGGCGCAGGUGGUUGCCUGAACACGGUGGUGGGCUCGGUCGAUGUUCUUUCACCCGCCCUGCGGCCGAACGGAGCAGGGACUACAUAUUUUAUCUGCGAGAAAGGGCUCGCGGAGUGCUGUUUGGACGCUACAUUCAAGGUGAAUAGCAUCCCAUUAAUCUUUCCACGCUUCUGCCACGACAGCUACAGUUUGACCUCGAUACUCUCCGUCUUUCAGAUUCCCCCGGGCCGAGUUGCUGAUCCCAACAAAUGCCAGCUAGGGUAG